UGGAAACGAAUUUCACUUCAUCAAAAAAUGUUCGAAUCAAAAAUCGAAAAAGAAAUUCAAUCGUAUAAAAUUUCAAAAAUCUCUAUCAGCCGAAUCAUCAUCGGCAACCAUUAUACAUUGCUGUCAUUUUAAAUUAUUAGCAUAUUAUUCAAUGCCUGAAUUAAGCACAUUGUUUAACGAACCGGCUAAUUUCUCUCGACAGGUUCACAGAAAAGAUUCCGAUUUAAAACCUAGAAGAACAAUAAAAUCCUUACAUAUCAAAAAUUCCACUAAUGAUACAGCACUCAAACGCAAUUCAAUCGAAAAAUCUGAACCCUUACCAACAAAAUUACAACAAGUAGUGUCAGCUGCUCAUGAAGAUCAAUCGACCAAACCUCUUCCAGCAAAACCUAAAGCAAUAGAUGCUGCGAAAUUUGCAAAAAAAUUGCUCCGACAGCGUAGUUUUAGUGCUGAUUAUCAACCAGAAGAAGUCAAACUACAACCGGAUCCACCUAGACGAUUUUCGGCUAGUCCAAAUAUCGAAACACAUCGAUAUAAUAAUGUCGAUCAUAUUCCACAUCAUCAACAGAUAAGUAUGGAUAGUGAAGAAUCAUUUGUAACAAUCAUUCCAGCCAAUUGUAAUGCGCGUGAAAGCAUCAACAUUAGUGAUAAUAUGACCGAGUUUGAUUUAGAAGAAGAUGAUGAAUGUACAACUGAUCUUAUAAUUUCACCGAACGAGAUUUAUUCCUGUUCAUCGGAAGAAGAAGAUGCUUACUGUGAAAGUCUGGAUAAUGAUACAUCGGAUGAUACCAGUAUAUCAUCGGUUCUAGAAGCGACGAUCAAAUCAGUUUCACGAUCAGAAUCAACCGAAAGCCAAAACGAUGCAAUAACAACCAUAUCAUCGAUUGAUGAGUUUACUGGUCGGGCAGCGGAUAAUUCUACAGCAAUCAUAGAUAAUAUGGCCUCCUCAAUGCCUGAUACUACGAAUACUUUUAUUGCACCACAGCAACAGUCGUCACCUGUAACUUUACACCAAUAUUAUCAUAUAUUUCAUCACGGUGAAUUGGAACAAAUGAUAGAAGAACAUGUACAGAAUCUACAUGUAAUCGAUACAUACUAUAAUGAAAUUGCAAUGUGUUGGUGUGUGGUUGUUGAAAAAAUCAAUGUCUGGACCAUUUAAAUAUUUUUAUAAACAACAAUUGAACAUCAUCAUCCUUUU